GGAGUAAAAAGGCGGCCCCUGGCAACUACUUUUCUCCAAGAUACGCCGAGACUGAACCCAGCGCCGAAAAGAGUCAGGAGCAGUGGCACCAACCAAAGCCAGUCAGACCUCUUCUGAGUGACAGGCUGCGGGAAUGUGGGCGGAGCCUCAGAGACCGGGUCAGUGAUUGGAACAGGCAACCAUUCCCUGGAUAGGUAGAGAGAUGGGGCGGACGUCAGGCCCUUCUCUGAGAUUGGCUCCUCGCGGAGGAAUACUGGCGCUGUGCCGAAGAUUGGCGGGCGGGAGAUGAACAGGAGGCAUUGAAUUCGAUCAUGAAAGAUCUGGUGGCUCUCCAGAUGGGUCGACGUCACAGGCUGCCUGGCUUUGAGACCACGAAGAACAAAGAUACUGGCCACCCAAAUAGACAGAAAAAACAUAACAGCAGCAGCUCAGCCCACUUGAAUAGCCCCACAAUAACAACGAGCCCGUGUGCAGGGGCCAGUGAAGAAAAGAAAAUUUCGAGUGACGUAAGGAUCAAGUUUGAGCACAGUGGGGAAAGGCGAAUUAUACCAUUUAGCCGCCCUGUGAGAUAUGAAGAUGUGGAACAGAAGGUGAAGACAGCAUUUGGGCAACCUCUAGUUCUCCAUUAUAUGAAUAAUGAGCUCUCCAUCCUGCUGAAAAAUCAAGAUGAUCUUGAUAAAGCAAUUGACCUUUUGGAUAGAAGCUCCAGUAUGAAAAGCCUUAGAAUAUUGCUGCUGUCCCAGGAUAGAAACCAUACCAGUUCUUCCCCCCAUCUUGGAGUGCCCAAGCAGGUCCGGAUCAAAGCUUCCCAGUCUAUGGGAGAUGUAAAUACCAUCUAUCAGCCACCGGAGCCCAGAAACAGGCAUCUCUCUGUCAGCUCCCAGAACCCUGGCCGAAGCUCACCUCCCCCAGGGUAUGUGCCAGAACGUCAACAACGCAUCGCACGACAGGGAUCUUAUACCAGUAUUAACAGUGAAGGGGAAUUUAUUCCAGAGACCAGUGAACAGUGUAUGCUGGAUCCCCUGAGCAGUGCCGAGAACUCUGUGUCAGGAAGUUGCCAGUCCUUGGACAGGUCAGCAGACAGCCCAUCCUUUCGGAAAUCUCGGAUGUCUAGAGCCCAGAGUUUCCCAGAUAACAGACAAGAAUAUUCAGAUCGUGACACUCAGCUCUAUGACAAAGGGGUAAAGGGUGGAACAUAUCCCCGUCGUUAUCAUGUUUCUGUUCAUCACAAGGACUACAAUGAUGGCCGGAGAACAUUUCCCCGGAUAAGGCGUCAUCAAGGGAAUCUGUUCACUUUGGUCCCCUCCAGUCGUUCCCUGAGCACCAAUGGAGAGAACCUGGGCUUGGCAGUGCAAUACCUGGACCCCCGAGGGCGUCUAUGGAGUGCGGACAGCGAAAAUGCCCUCACUGUGCAGGAAAGGAGUGUGCCAACCAAGUCUCCAAGUGCUCCCAUAAACUGGCGUAGGGGGAAGCUCCUGGGUCAAGGUGCCUUUGGCCGAGUCUAUCUGUGCUACGAUGUGGACACUGGACGGGAGCUAGCUUCUAAGCAGGUCCAGUUUGACCCAGACAGCCCUGAAACAAGCAAGGAGGUCAGCGCCCUCGAGUGUGAAAUCCAGCUGCUGAAGAACUUGCAGCAUGAUCGCAUCGUGCAGUACUAUGGCUGUCUCCGUGAUCGCUCUGAGAAGACCCUGACCAUCUUCAUGGAGUACAUGCCAGGGGGCUCAGUGAAAGACCAGCUGAAGGCAUAUGGCGCUUUAACCGAGAGUGUGACCCGUAAAUACACACGGCAGAUCCUGGAAGGCGUCUCCUACCUGCACAGCAACAUGAUUGUGCAUCGAGACAUCAAAGGAGCCAACAUCCUCCGUGACUCUGCUGGGAAUGUGAAGCUUGGGGAUUUUGGGGCCAGCAAACGACUGCAGACCAUCUGUAUGUCAGGGACAGGGAUUCGUUCCGUCACAGGCACACCAUACUGGAUGAGCCCAGAGGUGAUAAGUGGAGAAGGCUACGGAAGGAAAGCAGACGUGUGGAGCUUAGGCUGCACCGUGGUAGAGAUGCUGACAGAGAAGCCUCCAUGGGCAGAGUAUGAAGCAAUGGCAGCCAUUUUCAAAAUUGCCACCCAACCCACCAACCCCCAGCUCCCGUCACAUAUCUCUGAGCAUGGCCGGGACUUUCUGCGACGAAUCUUUGUGGAGGCCCGACAGAGACCUUCGGCUGAGGAGCUGCUUACACACCACUUUGCACAGCUCGUGUACUGAACUCUUACAUCCACGCUGAUGUUGGACCUUGGCUCCCUGGGGGAGGGUCAUAAGAGGGACUUGGUGAAGUUGCUGCUUCUCCCUUCCAAGUCUACAUGCCCCAGAGCUACAGUCCAUCCUUCCUUCUGUCCGUCUGUUACUCCCUUCUUCCUGGGUAGCUGCAGAGUCAGAAGAGGGUGCCUGUGACCCCAGGACUGGGGAAUCCCCCCAUGCCUGUCAGACUGGAGGGAUCCAGGUGUCCCUGUGCUCAGAGAGUGGUGUGAAUAUCUGUAUUGCUCUGGCCUUAGGAGCUCCUUGGGUCUCUUCUCCCUUCCCUCCACCUUCCCUCUGAGCUGCAUUCACUUGCUCUGUGUUUGGCAUCAGAGUUCACGUUGGUGCUGAGGACACACUGGCUUAGAAGGAUGUGAAUAGUGUUAUUUUUAUUCAGAGUGUUAUUUUGUUUCCUCUCCCAAUGUCUGGAGACACCAGAGGACAAAUCCCCUGGCCCACUUGGGCUCUGGCAAAGAACAGUGCCAGGACCCUGGGGUGAAGUCCACUGUUCCUCCAGCCAGUGGGUGGUGGAGGCUGGUGCUGCCCCUGUCCCUAGGAGGGCUCUGUACCAGGUUUGCCAAUCCCACCUCUUUACCAAAGAUGGACACAAUGCUCUGCUGCCUUAUUCAGGGAGAGGGGAUACCUGCCCUGCCCUGCCUUGCCCUGUGACUCGCACCUUUCCACCUCCUUCCCACAGGAUUCAAGAGAAGGAGCUGCUGUAGGGGAGGAGGGGGGGGAUGUGUAGGAGAGAUGGCACAAUUUUUGUCAAUGCAAUUGUUUCUGUUUUACAAGGUGGGGUGGGGUUCUUUCUCAAGUGUUAUACCAUAUCUCUAAAUUUGUGCCCACUCCUGCUUCUUCCCACGUUCACCCAGGGCUGCCAUGAAGCAAAGAUCCAGAGUCUAGGUUGGAAACAGGCGGGAACUAGAAGUUUUGUGCUGCCAGUCUCCACCCCUUCUCAGAGAGUGCAUUUCCUUUUCUGCUUAGGGGCAAGGGGUAGCUCAGUAGGAUCAUGAUAACUUGUUUUCUGAGGUCCCUGAGGGGAGCUUUUUAGCAAAUCUAGGAAGAAUUUAGUUCCAGGAUAAAAAUGGAUAGUGGCCCUGCUGGGAUAGUGCCAUCUCAGCCUGGUGUACAAUAGGGCCCAGGUGCUGCUGCCAUCUGUGCUCAGAACCAUUGGCACCAACAACAUGCCCUACCCGUUUCUAUGAAGUGACCCUUGGCCCUCCUGCUUCUUCCCUGGCCUUGAGGGAGAAGAGUGGGAAUGGAAAGGGAGGAGUAACAUCUCUGAGCGGCUUAAAGCAGCUGUAAAUACCUCAGCCUGGGCCUUGUCCUUUCUUCCCCCCAAAAUGUGCCUAAUGCUAAAGCCCCUCCCUUGACACCCAUGUUCCUUAGAAUUUAUCAUUGAAUGGAAAGGGAAAAAAUGCCAGGUGACAGGGGCUUAUCUCCAGAGAUAGAUGGGGUAUUAGCAGUAGGCGGCUCAGUGCCCAGCCAUGCCUGUCUCCCCCCAGGCACCAUAACAAUCCAAAGCCUUCGUUGUAUGUUGACGAUGCACUUUUAUGAAUGUAGUUUCUAUCGCUCUUUUUAGCCUUUUCACAUCAUGUAAUGUGAGGCCUUGUACUUGUUAAUUUAUAUCUCAGAUCAUAUUUGAUGGUUUUUAUAUAUAGCGAUUCUAGACUGUUACAGGUGACUGUUGCCUCAAGGGAGAGAAGAGAAAACGAAAGCAGCUGGUUUUGCAGAGAAAUUUGCUGGUGGUUUGUGCCAAAUGGUGCCUAUGGGGCCUGGGCCUCUCUCUCUGUUUCCUUCCCUUUCUGCCCACUGGGACUCCUGUCCUGACCUCUGGGGCUAGUAAGAUAUAUGAUGCCUCCCUCCUGUUACCAACAUUGCCACCACUACCACCGCUCCCCCUUGGCUCUGUCCUCACCAAGGCAUGGACUGGGGACCUUCAUCCUGACCAAAGCUACUUUAUGGUAGCUUGGCUUUUCCCUCUCAGCCUUCAUUCCAUAAAGAGCCUCUCACUUGAGGUGAAUUCACUGCAGUGAAUCCUUUGUGUUCCCCUCUCCCUCAAAAAAAAAUCCUUCCUAUCACAUCUCUAGACCUUCAUUCAAACAGUCCUUGGGAGGAAACAGAACUCAGGCACUGGCAUUGGUGAGACGAUUCUGCAUAUUCCAGGUUCAGACUCUCUCUGGGGUUACAUACCAACCCCACAGUACCUACCUGAUAGAAAACUUCAAAAAAAUUUUUAAACAAACCCUGAAACCCUCCUCCCCGCCCCCCCCAAAAAGACCCCAACACAACACUUGAUUUUUGUGCCAAAAACUGUGGAUAUGCUAGCCCAACAGCCUCAGGAUUGAGCUAUUGCUUAAUUUAUUAUUUUUUAUUAAAUUAUCCAGAUCAAAAACUGUGGGGGCAUAGGACUGUUCUGAGCCCUAGGAGUAUCAGGUGCCCUCUGCCCCUUAGCCCUGGCCACUCUGGGCUCUGCCAAAGGGCUGGGCAGCUUCAUUGCAGGGUGCCAUCAUUUUCUCAUCAUUCAAUAAAGCCUUCCUGCUCUGGGCUGCCAGCAGAGGCCCAGGACUGAGGCUGGUUCUUGGUCACCCUCUUGUGCACACAUUAGAGGAGGAGCCAAGUGUCUGAAUGUGGAUUGUGCAGAAGAACUUGCAGCCAUAGUUUAUUUUGACUAUAUCCCGACUGAGGGCUUGCAGUGCAAAGCCAGGCCAGUGUAGCGCGUUACUUACAAUAAAAGGAUCAUUUAUACAA